AUGAUGGAUCUACAAUCCAAAACCAUUCCCACCCCGGGCAGUCAUCCCAAUGUGAAGUACGAUGCCCGACGCGUAUUUGAAGUGCUCCGAUCAGGAGGAGUAGCCAUCGUGCCAACUGAAGUCGGAUACGGUCUCAUGGCUUCAUCCACCGAAGCUAUCCAAAAGGCGUUCGCCGCAAAGAGGCGUCGCCCAGGCCAUGCACAAGGGGUCAUUGGAUCCCUCAAGUUGCAUCGGGAGCUGCAUGUUCUCCCCGACGAGAAAUUAGAGAUGAUUCGUGUACUGCACCAGGACCUCGAUAUGUCGUUUGGAAUCGUCGCGCCGUUCCGAUCGGAGCAUCCAAUUCUUCAACAGCUCACGCCUGCUACGAUGGCGAACACAACUAAGAAUGGCACACUGGGGAUUUAUGUCAGCGGAAGUUCUCUUCUGAUGGAGUUGUGUCGAUUGAAUGACGAAGCAGGCCAGCUGAUGCUGGGGUCAAGUGCCAACCUAACGGGAACAGGUCAGAAAUUCCGAGUGGAGGAUGUUGAGCCCGAGAUCAAGGAGGCUGCUGAUAUAAUUGUGGACUACGGAUUGCAACGAUAUCACAUAUACGGAGGACGGCCCUCAACCAAUAUCGAUUUUGAGAACAUGAAGGUUUUAAGGAUGGGCUCUUCGUAUGAGCUAUUGAGGGAGCGCGUGAAGAAGUACUGGGGAGUUGAAUUGCCAGAAGAUCCGAUGUUUGACAGAUAUCAACCGAAAGAUGCGGAAUCGAGAAAAGAAAUCGCGGGUGGUAAUGAGGAAAAGGAUAAGGUGACGAUGAAUGAUGAGUUGAUUGUCAAUAAUGAGGAGUCGAAAGGUGGAUCUUUGCGACGUAAAAUGACCAAGUUGCUGCGGCGUUAA